CAGCCAUUCAUUGUGCAAAAACGCCAGCUGAGCGGUUUCCCGAGCAAUGUUUUCCGUCUUCGAGUGGAUUCUCAUUUUCUUCGGGAUUUUGAAUUGGUUCAAAUUCACCCAACCAUCUACACCAGAACCCGCAUCUCGAUUUUUCACGCGAGUAUGCCAGCAAUUACGUGAAACGGUUUUGAUUGAAAUUGACAGUAGUGGAAGGGUCCAGCCGUUUGUAUCCAUUGUUGAGGAAGGCAGUAAACCAUAUUUUAGUCCGCAUGUGGGAUGUGCAGAGUGUAUGCAAUGGUGGGAUGUGUAUGGAGAGCAACCACACAGGGUGGAGGAAACGGAAGAUCAAGAUACCGACGAAGGAGUCGAGGAAGAAUCAGAAAUCGAAGACUCUGAUUUUGAUGAUCAAAUCACCUUCGUCAAGCCAACCACGCCAGCUCCACUUUCCCCGGAGACCGAGAACUUCAUCGAAGACAAAAUGAAGUUUCACUUUCAAGCCACAGACAUUAUCAAUGAGUAUUUGGGAAAGGGCACAGAUAUGGGAAUUGUCUCAAAUUUGAUCCGUAUUUCUCAGACCUAUGGAGUUCAAUUGAAACAGGUUUCUAGUGGAAAAUCGAGUAUGAAGGAAAUUGAAGGGAUUCUUAAGAGCUUGCAAAAAGAGUUUGAACAGGAGAUUGAAGGGCUCAACGGAGAAAUUUCGGAGGCUGAGGAAAACAAUGAAUCCGAUAUUGACGAAUCCUUUGAAUUCGUGGAAAAUCUAGAAUUGGAUAGUGACUUCGAGUGAGCAGAUAUGUUACUUUGCAGAUGAUAAUCGGCUUUUUCGUAAUCUUCACUAUUUUUUUCGCCUUUGUUUUAGUUUCCAUCUUUUAUUAAUUAAUUGCUUUUAAAAAAAACCAAAACAUUCAGAAAUGUAGAAUUUUUUCCACUUUCCAAGAGAUUCUAAUGUUCAAAAGUUGCACAUAUAUAUACAAAAUUUUAUUGCUCUCAGAUGCUGUGCUGGUUAGUUCAAGUAUAUCAAUGAACGAGUCGAUUUGUG